AUGGGUUCGAUUAAUUCAAGACCAAUACACGAGAAUAAUUAUUCGAAUAAUUUACACAGAAAACAUUAUAAUCGUUUUUUAUCCUUGUCUUGCCUUCAGUCAUUAUUAUCAUCGUUUAAUCAUCGAAGUAGUGAUAAUGAUUUUCAUCGUUUUAAUAAUAAACAACGUUCAUGUUCGAAAAAGAAAGUUCUCAUACUAGGUUUGGAUGGAGUUGGGAAAACAGAAUUAUUCACACAAUUAAUACGUCAUGAUAAAAAAAAAUUAAAAAUUGAUUCUCUUCCUCGACCAACAAUUGGUUAUAAUGUUGAAACAAUAAAACUUCGUUGCCAUCAUUUAUGUCAUCGUCGAUAUCAUAAAAUCACAUUAUGGGAUUGUGGUGGCCAAUCAUCCGUUCGAUCAUUAUGGUCUUAUCAUUAUUCAAACACGUCUCUUCUUCUUUGGUUAAUUAAUAUACAUGAUCGAUCAAGAUUAGAUGCAAAUCUUCAUUUACUUUCACAAAUACUUACAAAUCCAACUCUUCAUCGAGUUCCAGUUCUUAUUGUUUUAUAUAAUUCUUCAUUCGAUCAAAAUAAUCAAGAAAAAUCCAACGAAAAUACAGCUCAGGACUUAUUAACUAAUCUUGAAAUAUCGUUUCGUUUUUUAGCUGCUCUUCCAACAUCUCGUGCUAGUACAUGUAAAUGGCAAGUUAUUGACGUUACAUUAGAUGAGAACAAUUCUCAAAGAGAUCUCAAAAAGAUUCGACAAUCUUUUCGAGAACUUAUGGAAUUAUAA